GCACCUGGGCGCCCACGGCUGGGAGGCCGCGCGGGCCUUCCACAAGGCCGUGACCGACGAGGUGGCCUCCGGCCGCCGGGCCUGGACCGAUGGCUUCGAGGACAUCAAAGCCCGCUUCUUCGGCUCCAACCGCAGUCCCGCCUGGGACGCCGAGCCUGGCCGCAAGUCAGGCCUCACCCCGCUCGGGCCCCUGCCCCACACCGCCAGCCCCAGUGGCGGCCCCGAGCCCGCAGCUCAGCGGCUGGGGUCCGGCUCCCAGCGGGGCAGCUUCAACAGCGAGGACAUCUGCGGUUACAUCGACCGAAGCUUCGCCUUCUGGAAGGAGAAAGAAGCCGAGAUGUUCAGCUUCGGAGACUGAGAGGGCUGGCAGCCCCUUCCGGAGGGGCCCUGGGGUGGUUUCGGUUCUCUCUCCUCUUGUCCUUUUUCAUCCACCUGGUGGCCAGGAGCUUCUUCCGGGGGCUGGCCGCAUUGGCUCCGCAGUCAUGGUUCGGAACGUGGACGACCUGGACUUCCACCUGCCCUCGCACGCCCAGGACAUGCUGGACGGGCUGCAGCGGCUGCGCUCUCAGCCCAAACUGGCCGACGUCACGCUGCUGGUGGGCGGCCGGGAGCUGCCUUGCCACCGCGGCCUCCUGGCGCUCAGCAGCCCCUACUUCCACGCCAUGUUCGCAGGCGACUUUGCCGAGAGCUUCGCGGCACGCGUGGAGCUGUGGGACGUGGAGGCUGCCGUGGUGGGGCAGCUGGUGGACUUCGUGUACACGGGCCGGCUGACCAUCACCCAGGCCAACGUGGAGGCCCUGACACGCACGGCCGCGCGCCUCCACUUCCCCGCCGUGCAGAAGGUCUGCGGCCGGUACCUGCAGCAGCAGCUGGACGCCACCAACUGCCUGGGCAUCUGUGAGUUCGGGGAGCAGCAGGGGCUGCUGGGCGUGGUGGCCAAGGCCUGGGCCUUCCUACGGGAGAACUUUGAGGCGGUGGCACGGGAGGACGAGUUCCUGCAGCUGUCCCAAGACCGGCUGGCCACGUGUCUGGCCAGCGACCUGCUGCAGGUGCAGCCAGAACAAAGCCGGCUGGAGGCCCUGCUGCGCUGGGUGCGCCACGACCCACAGGCCCGGGCCGCCCACCUGCCUGAGCUGCUCAACUUGGUGCGCCUGGAUGCCGUGCCCAGGCCCUGCGUGCAGCAGCUGCUGGCCACAGAGCCACUCAUCCUGGAGUCGGAGGCGUGUCAAGCAGCCCUGUCCCAGGGCCAUGAUGGGGCACUGCCUGCCCUGCCCCAGCAGCUGGAGGAGGUCCUGGUGGUGGUGGGCGGCCGGGCCCUGGAGGAGGCGGAGGAGGGCGCCGAGGAGCCCGCCCCCCAUCUCGAGAACUUCGCUUUCUACAACACCAAAGCCAAGAGGUGGACGCCGCUCCCAGACUUCCCCGACUUCCACAAGUGGGGCUUCUCCCUGGCUGCGCUGAACAACAGCGUCUACGUCACAGGUGGCUCUCGGGGCACCAAGACAGACACCUGGUCAACCACCCAGGCCUGGUGCUUCCCCAUGAAGGAGGCGGCCUGGCGGCCGGUGGCGCCCAUGCUGAAGGCCCGCACAAACCACGCCAGCUCGGCGCUCAACGGGGAGAUCUACGUCAUCGGCGGCACCACCCUGGACGUAGUGGAGGUGGAGAGCUACGACCCCUACACAGACACCUGGACGCCUGUCAGCCCGGCCCUGAAGUACGUCAGUAACUUCUCCGCGGCCAGCUGCCAGGGCCGGCUCUACCUGGUGGGCUCCAGCGCCUGCAAGUACAACGCGCUGGCCCUGCAGUGCUACAACCCCGUCACAGAAGCCUGGAGUAUGAUCGCCUCGCCCUUCCUCCCCAAGUACCUGUCCUCGCCUCGCUGUGCGGCUCUGCAGGGGGCGCUCUACCUGGUCGGCGACAACACCAAGAAGGUCUACGUGUACGACCCCGGAGCCAACCUGUGGCAGAAGGUGCAGUCCCUGCACAGCCUGCACGAGAAUGGUGCGCUGGUGCCGCUGGGUGACGCACUGUACUUGACGGGGGGCCGCUGGCAGGGCAUGGAUGGUGACUACCAUGUGGAGAUGGAGGCCUAUGACCCUAGGAGGGACGCCUGGAUCCGCCACGGCGCCCUGCCCCGCCUCUGGCUCUACCACUGCGCCUCCACCGUCUUCCUGGACGUCUCCAAGUGGACCCAGCCCUUCAGCCCCAUCCAGGAGCACUGAGUGGCUCCCCGGCACCCCCAGAGGCAGCCAGCUGGCCCCCCGUGGGAGCACCCCGUUUAGUUUUGCUUGUUUGUUCACUCAGCGGGUGCUGGACUCGGGGCACCAGGGACAUCAGAGGGACACGGUUUUGGUCUCCGCGGCCACCACACCCACUCUGAGCUAACCCGCGGCCGCGGCUGGGACCCUGACGCCCAAAGAGAGGGAGAAGCAGCUCCCCGGCCCACAGGGGUGUCUGAGACCUCAGAGAAGGAGCAAGGGUCCGGGAAGCACUGUGAGAACUCAAUGGGCUGGCCCUGGAGAGGAAGGUGCACAAACGAGG